AUGCCCUUUCUUAUGGUGCAGGUGCAAGUCCACACAUCCAGCAGCUGUCUGAGUGUUACAACAUCUUACCCAGCAAUUGGGAACCUCGGGGAUUGGCAUGAGCAUUGCCCAUCCCAGCUGUACCCUCUGAGUAUGCAGAAAAUCUGGUGGCCGGCUCUGGGCCCUGAGGGGUCUAAGACAUCCAGCAGCACCAUGCAGGUGAGCUGUGUUUGCCAGCCCUGCAGCCAGUCUCUCAAACUGGACGGGAGCUCCAAGAUCCUGGACCACGUCACCCUCCAGGAGCUUACCCAAGAUGAAGAGGCUAACUUAGGAGAGGAACCACUUAUUGAAACUCUCCAGGUUGGUGUCUCUUGGAGAUUCAUCCCACCAUCCAGGACGAUGGCUACAGAAAGUGCUAACAGCUUCACUCCGAUUAGGGAAGCAUCUGGUGGUGGUACCAUAGAGAAUCUCAGCCAAAGGCUGGAGGUCACUGGGGACCUUUCUGACAUCAAGUCAGGCCAGACGUGUGUGUAUCACCCCCUGUGUGAGGAAUGCACAAAUACUUUUUUAGACCAGCUGGACACUCAGCUCAAUGUCACCAAACAUGAAUGUCAGAACCACAAAUGCUGUUUGGAGAUCUUAGAGCAAAUGAAUGAACAGCUACAGAAGGAGCUAAGGGAGUGGGCGUUAGAGGAAAGGCUGAUCCAGGAGCUGGAAAAUGUGGAAAAGAGAGUGAUCAAACUAAGGUGGGAAACAGGAGCAGCAACAAAUGCUGAAUCGCGUGGUGGGGGCAAGAUGGUUUGCGAUAAGAAAGAGUUUGGGGAAAAGCAAGAGGAAGACAAUUCUGUAAUAAAGAAAAUUUCAUCACCGUCCCAUUCUGGGUCUGUUCCACACCUUUCCAAUGGAAAACCUGUUUAA